CGGGUCUGGAAACAAUAAUAUUUACUUAAAAAUUGGUGUUUUUUAUUUUAAUCGAAAAAACAAAAUCAAUAAUGCACCGUUGAAAUGGGGUGGAUCAUUCAAUUAGUCAUCAGCAUGUGAUUCGGCAAAUCUGGGAGUAUAUCAUCGUCAAUUAAUGAAGGAAGAAGGGAAGACAGAGUGUGGGUAAAAUUUGGUUUGGUUCAGACAGAACAUAGGCAGUCCUUUGACUACAAGUGUUGAAGAAUUUCGGAAUCAAUCGUCUCACAGGACUGAAUCUAAUGGACAAACCGGCGAAGAAGGUGUUGAUGACAUCCAACGGCGACGAGGUUUCACGAAACAUCGCUUUCCAGCUAGCCAAGCACGGUUGCCGAUUGGUGUUGAUGGGAAGUGAUGAGGCAUCCCUACGGAGCAUUGCCGAGAGCAUUCGAGUUUCCAUAGAGGGAGCCUUCCCAGUGGAGCUCAUUGGAAUCGACAUGGAAGCUGAUUCUGAGGAAGCUUUCCAUGUGGCUGUUGAAAAGGCUUGGACCUGUCUCGGCCAUCUUGAUGCUUUCCUCAACUGCUACACCUACCAAGGCAAGAUUCAGGACAUUCUCCAGGUCUCCGAAGACGAGUUCAAGAGGGUCACAAAGAUCAAUCUCACGGCUCCAUGGUUCCUCUUGAAGGCCGUAGCCAGCAGGAUGAAGGAACAUGGAUCUGGAGGCUCCAUUGUCUUUAUGGCCACAAUCGCCAGCGGGGAGCGAGGGCUUUACCCUGGAGCUGAUGCCUACGCUACUGCCUCCGCUGGAAUCCACCAGCUGGUUCGGGCAUCAGCCAUGAGUCUAGGGAAGCACAAGAUACGGGUCAACAUGAUCUCUAGAGGGCUGCACCUGGGCGAUGAAUAUCCAGUUUCCGUGGGCAGAGAUCGAGCGCAGAGGCUGGUCAAGGACGCUGCACCGCUCGGGCACUGGCUGAACCCGGAGAAACAUCUCUACUCGACUGUCAUCUACUUGAUCAGCGACGGCUCAUGCUUCAUGACCGGUACCACUGUCUUGGUGGAUGGUGCGCAGUCUCUUAUGAGACCCCGUCUCAAAUCCUACAUGUGAUCCUCGAAAGUGAAUUUGAAUUUUAUGGGUUAAGUUUGAAUAAGUUUGGAGGGAUGUAUCUCUCGCUAUCCAUGCUAAGGAAAUGAUCAUAUGCAUGCUUUUGACAAAUAUGGAACAAGGAAAGCAUUAUUAGUCAACAUUCUCAACAUCGUUUAGUUGUUGACUAUUUGAAUCGAAUCAACUUGGUUAGGUAUAGUUUUGGGGACUUCAAAUACACGUGAUUUGGAUGCUAUUCUUUACCAUUAGCUUGACAAAAGUUGAGAGUCAUUAUCAGAAUGACGAAGCCGACACACCUUUUCUUUAUAAUUUUUUUUUUCACCCAACUCUUUUUCUCUGAUCAAUCCGCUAAUUUAGCCAUCUCACUUUUUCUCUGUCAUCUUCGUUGCCGUCUACGUCUCUCUUUCUCCCUCCCUCGCCUUUCACGCACAUAUAUAUAUACGCACAUACGUGACAUGACUACUUUUUGGAAUGUACAAGAGUUGAAAACAUUGAAUCUCUCUCCCCAUAAAACGCAUAAAUGGAGGAUAGGUGUCAGGUGUUGUUUCCAUGUUCAUCUUUAUCGGUUGAUCGUCGCUUGUCAGGAGAUCAAACAGAAGAUGCAGCUCAUACGAACACAAGCGAAGAAGAGAAAGGCAAAAGUAAGAAGAAGAAAGAGAAAGAACCGAGGUUGGCCUUUCAGACAAGAAGUCAGGUUGAUAUUCUCGACGAUGGAUACAGGUGGAGGAAGUACGGCCAAAAAGCUGUCAAGAACAAUCCAUUCCCCAGUAUAGGAGCUAUUAUAAGUGCACACAAGAAGGAUGCAGAGUGAAGAAGCAAGUGCAGAGGCUAUCAGGAGAUGAAGGAGUGGUGGUUACCACUUACCAAGGUGUUCAUACCCAUCCCGUCGACAAACCCUCCGAUAACUUCCACCACAUCUUGACCCAAAUGCACAUCUUCCCUCCCUUUUAGUUUUUGUUUUCUCAUACUUUUCAUGUCUUAUGCAUCCUGUUGACGAUUGAUUAGAGGAAUGGGAUGUAACUGCAACCAAGAAUGCUGAUAAAAGCAAGCGUUCAUACCCUAAACCCUAUGCUUUAAACUAGCAUUCACAAGUCAAAAAAAGUCGAGUUACUAUAGUAUAGAGAGACCAAAACGCUCCCUCUCAUACAUGUACACACACACACACACUAUCACUAAUUCUUCUCUUUAGGUUCAGAAACGCCCUUCCUCGGAACCUUUGAAUCUAUCUCCUUUGGUGUCUUGGACUCGGCUGCCCUGAAAGCGGCGGAGGUUUCUUCCUCGAUCCAGUUGCGAAGAUGUUUGACGUUGCGCCUGAAAACGGAGGCGGAUUGCUUGACGUCGCCCUUCAAGAGGAGCACCACCGCGCCAACGCCGGCCACCGUCAAAAUGAAAUUGGUCAAACCCAUUUUGCCCAAGAGACAACUGCUUCCGUUCGUCCCUCGCUUAAGCUGGCUUUUGUUACUUUGCUAGAGACGCAGCCCAUUAGCCUUAAUGGGCUCUUCCCUUGUUU